AUGUGUGAUGAUUCUCGUUACAUUUUGGAUGAGCUAUUCGGCAAAGAGAGAAACGUGGUAGCAAGCAAGAGGAAGAAUGACGCUCACUAUUGGAAUGAAGAUGUGUGCAAAAAUAUCUUGGUUUCUAAGUGCUUCAACGACCUGUGGAAGCAUACCAAAUAUGAUCAUGAGGGAGAGUGUAGCAAGAGACACGACCAAUUCUUCAUCAAUGAGUUCACUUGUGACAGGAGUAUCAAAAAAUAGCAGAGAGAGAAGAAAUACAUUGAAGAGGCAAUAGGUUUAGUAUGAACCUGAUAAAUAUGUUAGCUUACAUCCAAGACAAAUUGAAAGAAGUCGACAAGAUCUUAACCAAGCAUGAAGAAUAAGUUGAAUAAUCUAGUAAACUAUAAGUAGCUGAUCGACCCAAAGAGAUCCAGGAUCGACUUGACAAUAUGGAAAGAUAGAUCAAUCUCUUGACGGAUUAGAGUGAGAAGAUGGGAGAAUAAGGUAAGAUUGAGGAAUCUGAGAGAUUGAUAAUGGAAGCAGAUAAUCUUAAAAAAGCCAGAGAAGAUGUAUUACUUGCAUACGAGGGUACUAAUAACCCAUUUAAAACUUAUAAAAUCUGUGAAGUUUGUGGAGCUAGGCAAUCUCUUUAUGAAACUGAGAAUAAAGUCAAGUAUUUUUACAUGUUUAUUAAAAUUUAGAACUCAUUUAGAUGGAAGAAUUCAUCAAGGAUUUUCGACUAUCAGAGUUGAAUUGUAAAAACUAUAACAAAGAAGAUUGUAAUUAGAAAAGAUUUUGGAGGAGGAAGCUAGGAAAUAAGAAUUUAAAGAGGAUAUUGCUAAAGAUGUCUAAUAGGAUAAGGAAAAAUUGAUCAAAGAAAAGAAAGAGAAAGAGAAAGAAAAAGAAAAAGAAAAAGAAAAAGAGAAGGAAAAAGAGAAAGAGAAAGAAAAAGAGAAAGAGAAGGAGAGAUCAAGAAGUAGAGACAAUUCAAAAGACAAGAGCAAGAAAAAAAGUAGCAAAAAGAAAAAAGACAAGGAGAAAGAAAAGGAGAGAAGUAAAUCUAGAAAGCAUAACAAGUAAGAAUAUCUAUUAAUGAAAUUUAGGAAACACCAUAAACAUUGA